GGCAGUGGAGCCGCGGCGGGUGCGGGAUGCGCUCGGAAAAGGAGGGGCCCGGAGGCCCCGGGGUGGCCGUUGUUGCGCGGAGCCAGAGCGGGAGGGAGAGGACGUCCGCUGUGGAAGCUCAGGUCCGCCGGGAGUCGCCGCGGCGAGAGGCAGGGGUGCCGUCGGCCUUGUCCUCCAGCUGUGGAGGCAGCGCGGGCAAACCUCGCGAGGAGAAGAGGACAGUCCUGAGCAAGGUGGUCAUCCGGCGCCUUCCUCCCAGUCUCACCAAGGAGCAGCUGGAAGAGCAACUACACCCACUACCUACACACGAUUAUUUUGAGUUCUUUACUGGGGAUCUCAGUCUUUAUCCUCAUCUCUACUCAAGGGCAUACAUUAAUUUUAGAAAUCCUGAUGACAUUCUUCUUUUUAGAGAUCGGUUUGAUGGAUAUAUCUUCAUUGACAAUAAAGGCCUUGAAUAUCCUGCAGUGGUCGAGUUUGCUCCGUUCCAGAAGAUAGCCAAAAAGAAGCUGAAGAAAAAGGAUGCCAAAACCGGAAGCAUCGAUGACGAUCCAGAAUAUAAGAAGUUUUUAGAAGCUUACUGUGUGGAGGGGGAGAAAACUGGUGCCAAUCCCGAAACGCUUCUGGGAGACAUAGAGGCAAAGACAAGAGAACUUAUUGCUAGAAGAACCACACCUCUUUUGGAAUACAUUAAAAAUAGAAAGUUAGAAAAGCAGAGAAUUCGAGAAGAGAAGCGAGAAGAGCGAAGGCGAAGGGAGUUGGAAAAGAAACGCAUACGGGAAGAAGAAAAAAGAAAGAAAAGAGAAGAGGAAAAAUGUAAGAGAAAAGAAACAGACAAACAAAAGAAAGCUGCUGAGAAAGAAGUAAGGAUUAAGCUUCUUAAGAAACCAGAAAAGGGAGAGGAGGCAGCCACUGAGAAACCAAAAGAAGCAGGAGAGGAAAUUGAUACUGGAGAUGGACAAUGGGAAGCCUAUCCUGGCUGUGCUGUUGUGAAGGCCAAGCCCUGGGAGAGCCUGCCGGAGGAGCACAGGGAAAAGUCACAAAAUGACAGUGAUAAAGAGCAAAAGGAUAUGGAGAGAAAAUUUCGAGAAAAAGAACUUGAAACACAAAGAUACCACUUGGAUGACAACAGAAAGCUUAGAGCUCACUAUGAGUUUGACAAGUUUUCAAGAAGAAACGAAGAAGAGAUGAAAUCGGGGAAAGGACUCACCCCAGACAGAGUGAAGAUGGGUAGCCAGGACCGCGGUGUCCCUGUGGAAGCCACAGAGCGACCAGGGAGAGAACAGAGGAGUGAGGAUGGCCUGGCACCCAGAAAGGAGAGAGUGCGAAACAAGGACCGGCCAGCCUUGCCACUGUACCAGCCAGGAGCUCGCAUGAGAGCACGUGGAUGUGGUGGAAGAUUCUCUGAGGAGGGCCGUGACGGGAGCAGGGCUGAGGCUGAAGAUUCAACAGGGGCUGGUUCCAAAAGGAACAAAGAGGCAGAAUGAGUCAGUGUGCAUGUCACAGCUGUGACAAGGGUGAACUUACAUUCCAAAUUCCUUGGCUUAGAAAUGUAUAAAUUAGUCUGGAAUAUAACCUGCAAGGUGAAAUUACUCCUUACAAAGAAACUGGUGGCAUAGAAACUUUCUCUUAAAAAAUUGAACAGAGUUUUCCUUGAUUUUACCACUUCUAGUAUAAACUACUAUGUAUCCUUUAGCCAUAACACAGCAAAUAAUCUCCUUUGGAAAUUAGAAAAGUAUAACCAAACAGUAUGAAUUCUGAAGCACUUAAAUGUGUUGUUGGAAUAACUUACACUUUGGUUUUUACACAUUUGUAAGCAAAUAAUCUGUUGGGAUCUGUAUCUCAUUAUGCUUGUUGGUUUCCAGUGAACCAUAGUUUCUGGGACAUGAGCAGCGGAUUCCAUUAUAAUCUUGGCAAUUCAGCCACAUAUGUGCCUUCUGUCCUAAAAUUACAGGAAGUCUGUUGCACUGCAGUCCCUCUGACAGAAACCUUAACACUGUGUGAAGCCCACCAGCUUUAAUUAUAGUCCUUUUAACAAUUUGGCUACUGAUUUGAUCAAAAUAGUUUCAGUCUUUUGAUGGAGGUGCUUGUGGUUUAUAACCAUUAUGGUUUAAGAAUUGGUAACAUAAAUUGCGUUAUUUUGGAACAUGGGUAACUUAGGUACAGAAUCUAGGGUUUUUCUUUUUGUAGCCUGAGGUAAUUUUAAAGUGACUUUAUGUAGCUUUCUGCAACUAUGCAUUCUAUAGUUUUUCCUUUUAGUGAAAUUUUAA